AUGAGAAGGGACGAAGAGAGAAUGCAGCGGGAUGACUGCAUCAGGGAAGAAACAUGUAUCUUCUCAUUUGUCGCACAUUUUGUAAAGCAUAAAUAUGAUUGACUUGUUCAUCACCAUUUUGUUCUACAGUAAACGACAAGACACCUCAAAAAGGAUCCCCCAGCGUAUGCAGAGUGUACCAGAGUGAUGUCGUCUCCAGGUAUGGGCACCCCUAGUGACCCCCUCCUCACCAGCCCAGUGGGGGGAGGAGGAGCAGGGGGGAGGUCAUCCUGUGCCACUCAGGAUGGCCUCUGGAGGACCUGUCUGCCAAAGACCGCCAGCUUUCCAUCAUCCACCACACGACACCUGAGUCACCGCGCCAACAACUUCCAGAGACACCCGAAGCGGCGGAAGUUGAUCCGGCCGUCCCCCCCCCCGCCCCCCAACACCCCCUGCCCCCUGGACCAGCUGGAUCUCAGCGAGCUGCCCCCCCGACGCACUUUACCCGAGCUGCUCUUCAAUGGCUGUGUCCUGUUUGGCAUCGAGUUCAGCUACGCCAUGGAAACGGCCUACGUCACUCCCGUGCUGCUGCAGAUGGGGCUUCCAGACCAGUUCUACAGCUUGGUGUGGUUCAUCAGUCCCAUCAUGGGGUUCCUCGUCCAGCCUCUUCUUGGAGCCUGGAGUGACCGUUGCACAUCUCGCUUCGGCCGAAGAAGGCCUUUCAUCUUUGCCCUGGCCAUAGGAGCCCUGCUGGGUUUAACACUGGUGCUGAACGGACGAGACAUCGGCGGGGUGAUAUCAGACACAGCAACCAAUCACAAGUGGGGCAUUAUCCUGACCGUGUGUGGAGUGGUGCUGAUGGACUUCAGCGCGGACUCGGCCGACAACCCCAGCCACGCCUAUAUGAUGGAUGUGUGCAGCCCAGAGGACCAGGACCGGGGCUUGAACAUCCACGCUCUGCUGGCAGGACUGGGAGGUGGGUUUGGGUACAUUGUCGGCGGAAUCAACUGGGACCACACGGAGUUCGGAAGGUCUGUGGGAGGGCAGCUUCGGGUCAUCUACCUGUUCACCAGUGUCACCUUGGUGGCUGCCACGGCGAUGACCCUGACGAGCAUCCCGGAGCGGCCCUUGCCAAAGACGCAGCCUCAGAAGAACCCCAAAAGCCUCCUGAAGAGCCCAAGUCACCCCCUCCCUCCCUCUCCCCCUGUCCACCCCGCUGUGGCCCUGGAGGAGGAGGUGGAGGAGGAAGGCCUGUACGGCUACCAGUUCUCCCACCAGCACCCUGACCCCCUGGCACAUUCCUGCAGUGCCAACGCGCGCCUCUGUGCCGGCCUGACAAGCCCCAUCUCCCCCCUCAGCCCGCUCACUCCCAAAUACGGCAGCUUCAUCAGCCGAGACAGCUCCCUCACCGGCAUCAAUGAGUUUGCCUCUUCUCUGGGCACCUCCUACAUUGACAGUGUUCUCAUCGACUGCUACACAGGACAGCAAUCACCACAGCUUCUGGACCCCAGCGGUGCAGCCAGGCCCUUGCCCCCAGGUGACAGUCCGCCUCCACAGGGAUCUCAGCCUGGGACAGGAACCCAGCCUGUGGGUGGGCCUCAGCCUGCAGGUGGGCCUCAGCAGGGAGCAGGGUCCCAGCCUGGUGCAGAGAUCCAGCCUGCUGGAGUGGCCCAGCCUGCUGCAGAGACCCAGCCUAGGAGGGUGUCUAUGCCUGGGGCAGGCUCCAAGCGGGGCUCCUCUGCUGGCAUCCUGAAACGCCCCCAGAGCCUGGCUCUGGUGGAGGAACCUCUGAUGACUCCAACUGGGUUUGAGAACGGCAGAAGGAGGACAGUCACUUUCAGCCAGCAGGUGGCGAACAUCCUGCUGAACGGAGUGCGCUACGACAGUGACCUGAGUGAGCACGUGGAGACGGCCGACUCCCAGAUGUCCAUGAAGCUGCUGUGUGUGGCCAUCUACAGGAUGCCCCCCUCCCUCCGCAGCUUGUGCACAAACCAUUUUCUGGGUUGGCUGUCCUUUGAGGGAAUGCUACUGUUUUACACUGACUUCAUGGGGGAGGUGGUGUUUGAGGGAGAUCCCAAAGCCCCUCACGACUCGGAGGCCUACCAACGCUACAAUGCCGGGGUCAGCAUGGGCUGCUGGGGCAUGUGCAUCUAUGCAUUCAGUGCUGCCUUCUACUCAGCCAUCCUGGACAAGCUGGAGGAGCGUUUCUCCCUCCGCUCGCUCUAUUUCUUUGCCUACCUGGCCUUCGGUCUGGGCACGGGUCUGGCCACGCUGUCCACCAACCUCUAUGUGGUGCUGUCUCUCUGUGUCACCUACGGGGUGCUCUUCUCCUCCCUGUGCACUCUGCCUUACUCGCUGCUGUGUGACUACUACCAGAACCCUGAGUUUUGUGGCUCCUCUGAGGAAGGGACCAGGAGAGGGAUGGGCGUGGACAUCUCUCUACUCAGCUGCCAGUACUUCCUUGCUCAGAUCCUGGUUUCCGUGGCAAUGGGACCUCUGACCUCGCUGGUGGGCGGGGCCCAGGGAGUGAUGUACUUUUCGAGCGUGAUGUCAUUCGUGGGCUGUCUGUACUCCUCUCUCUGCGUGGUGUACCAGCUGCCCCCCCCUGAGGGUGAGCCCCCCGACAGUGAGACCCAGCCACUACUGGUUCACAUUUAGAGCCCUCACUUUGUCUCACACACUCUCGCUGAACAACACCACACCCGCAAAAACACGGUAGUUUACACCCUUACCUAACUUCGCUUAGAGACAGCGGACAUGCACGCUGUGCUGUACAGUCACACCGUACAGCUCGUAGGUAUACUGUUAAAACCUCAGCUCAGAUACACUCAGAACUAGUCGACAGACAGAUAGACAGACAUUGGCCACCGACAGUGUGUUUGAUAGAGCGAGUAUGUAUGUGUCCUUGCAUUUUCUUUCCAGAUCUUUCCGGCAUUUAUGUGAUUGUGGUACAGGUGUGAGUCCGAGUGUGUUUGUGUGUACAGUGGCCUUUUGGAUUGUGUUUGUGAGCUAUAUAUAUGACUGGUGUGUGUGGUCUUUCUGCUGGAAGUCAAACCUCUCUCCUCAUCUCUCCUUGCUCGUUCACAUCUAAGGUCGAUUUUUGAUCCAAAGUAAUAACAGCUUUAGUGGCUCCUUUAUCUCCUGUUUCUAACCAGUCAGUCAGCGUUUGCAUGUGCUUCAAUUCCUUGUCUUAGUGUUUGGUUUUAGUUAUAUGGCCAAGGAAUGUCUACCUGCCUGUUUCUCUGAGUUAUCUGACACACUAUCAUGUAACUGUAGGAGAGGUUGUAGUGACUGACUGAAUGUGCCUCCAUGACCUUUUGCUUGAAGCCCCGAAUGAACACACACAUACACAAAGACAUACACUCAAAUCUGCACACACAGACUCUCACACUCACACAGAGGAACACACACACACACACUCAGUCUCACACAAACACACAGACGAACACACACAGGAUAUCGUUAUUUAUUCACUUAUUCUGUGUAAUAAAAUGCACUUUUCAGUGCUAGACCGAAGCAUGUGCACUCUUUCUCAUGUGACUCACAGCAUUGUUCUGGGAAACUCUUCCAGUUCCCCAGGUUAGCGUAGCUAUAAGUUACCUUCAGACAUCCAAAACAUUAUGAUUGAGUCAGACACACACGCACACAUACGCACACACAUACUGGACGUGCGCACACACAAUAGAAGGAUCAUUCUGGACCCUCACUAAGCCAUGGACAGCACUCUGACCUGUCACCCUGCUGAUGGGGGGGGGCCUUGUAAUGACAGUGAUUCUUGUCAUUAUCAGGAAGAGGAGAAGUUGAAACUGGGGUGUGAUUCAGCAUUCAGUUGGAAACCGAAAAGACACCACCAAAAAAACAAAACACACACAAAACAAGAAGAGCAACGAAAGAGUUGUUUCGCUGGCAAGAAAGAAUUCAGGAAGAUGCUGGAUGGGAGCUGUGCUUGUGAAGCGUGGCGGCCAAGAGGAGGCACUUCUGGGGGGUUUUGCGACGUGAAUCCCAGCCAGCUGCAGGUGCUUCUUCUUUCCACUAGAGCGCAUGUUGUAGGAUCGAGCCCUCUCUCACCACACUUGACCCAGAGGGGCCUGGAGUGUGGUUCCUCUCACGCUUGGGUUAGGUCUCCACCACCCUCGUACCAGUCACACACACACACACACACAGCAUCAAUUCCUUCAUCCUUCCAUUCUAGAACCUUCCAUCUCCACCGGGACGCUAAUGAAAAUCGUUUGUUUUUUCCUGUUUCAGUUGAUGGAAAGACAACUGAAACCUAUCAAAUUAAAUCUACAGCACGUCAUUCCAAAGUAGUUUGCCGUCAUUUGCACUGCUCGGGCAUUAUCAUCACGCGAUACGACUGACACAGAGAAUGCUCUCAGGCUCUUAUCGAUCUCCGACAUCACUUGCCUGUUUUUCAUAAUGUCAUUUCCACUGGAAUCACUGCCCCUGCCCCUCAUCAUACCACUUUGGUCCAGGCCAGGUGGGGCCUGUGUUGGGGAGAUGGACAUCACCCCCCCCCCCCCCCCCCCAUGCCUCCAGAACAGACUGGACAGGCGCCAUCGUUCUGUUUCUGAGGACUUUCACCGAGGAAACAGGGAUUGUAUGGAGCAUGAUGUUGCAGCGCUUGAAAUCUGACAGACAUCUACAUUGUCAGUCCGUCACAGUAACUUUAUGUAACAAUGUCAUUAUCAAUAAUUCUUAUAUAAUAUUAACAGUGCUACUGUAACAGCUACUUUUACUUCAGGGUUGAGUUCAAGAAAAAAAUAGAA